AUGUCAGCUUCGGAGGUGAUCAAGUUGCCAACGCUAGAAACUGAACGGUUCUUGCGAGAUCUGCGUAGUGACGAGAUCAAGCAAAUAUGCGUACUCGUCACAGAGGACGAGUACGUCACCGAUGUUCGGUCGGCACGAGUGUUUACUGAGAACGAACGGGUUUUCAGUAGCUCAUCGAUGGAUGAGUCUCCUCGAUGA